AUGUCGCAUACCUACCACGUCGAGAACGCGGACGAACUGCGCUCAAUCAUAACCCAACACCCCAGCCCUACAUGCGAAGAUGAAAUCAACAUCACGCUCUCCCUAUGCAAACCUUUACUCAACCCUUCCAUCUUGUCUGCCUGCCGCCGCCCAGACCCCCCCUACAGCCAACUCAACCGCACUCCCCGACGCCAAGAGUUCAUCGACAUCAACCCUUUGGCAAAAACCUGGCGUACCGCCUGGAUCGACCUCCUUCGCCACCUCUCCUACACCCAACUGCACAUCAUAUUCGACCCCACUCUCCCACCUGGCUACCAAAGCGAUCAUGGAGACGUGGAGGGGUUCUGGUGGAGCGUAAACGCGCCUUACCGGGAGAAAGGGCCGGUGGAAUUGAUACUAGUAGACCGGGAGUUUCUGGCUUUUGUAGUUACGCUGGCGACGGAGGGGAGGAUGAUCAGUAAAGGCAAGAUCAAGUUUGAAUUGGACGAGAAGGGGUUGGUGGGGUGGAGGGAGGAGAUGGCGGGGCACAACCACGCCUCCUGGACCGAAUCAUCCAUCAACGCCGGCAACCAAGCAGGCAAGGCAAUCCAAAACGCACCAUUCAUGCCAGAACCUCCGACCGGCCCUUCAAUGGACGCAGACGUAACACCCUACUUCAAUCUCGGCUCAUACUGCUCUCCACUCGGAGACAACUCCAACCCCAUCGGCCAAACCUGGUUCGACCGCGGCCUCGUAUGGUGCUACGCCUUCAACCACGAAGAAGCCCUCUACUGCUUCCGCAAAGCCAUCGCCGAGGACCCGGGAUGUCUGAUGGCGUACUGGGGCAUCGCAUACGCGCUGGGGCCGAAUUACAACAAACCCUGGGAGAUUUUCGAUGCUGAGGAACUGGAGCGUAAUGCCAAGGAGGCGAGAGAAGCGAUCGGGAUGGCGAGUCGACGGGGGACGUUGGAAGGGCAGUUGAUAGCGGCGGUCGGAGAGCGGUGGGGGGUGGGUUCGUUGGAGGGCGAGGGGAGGGAGAAGUGGAAUGAGCGGUACGCUGAGGCGAUGGCGGAGGUGGCGGGGAGGUGGCCUGAGAUGUUGGAUGUGCAGGCGUUGUAUGCUGAUGCGCUGAUGAAUCUCACGCCAUGGAGUCUCUGGGAUCUGAAGACCGGCGAGCCAACAUCCGGCUCACGAACGCUGGAAGCAAAGGAAGUUCUCGAGACCGCCAUGGCAAAGGAAGGAGGCGACUCCCAUCCGGGCCUCCUACACCUCUACAUCCACCUCAUGGAGAUGUCCUCGUCCCCCUCCACCGCCCUCCCAGCCGCCAACCGUCUCCGCAACCUCGUCCCGGACGCAGGACACCUGCACCACAUGCCCACGCACCUGGACGUCCUAUGCGGCGACUACGCCUCCGUGGUAACGUCCAACACGGCAGCUAUAGCCGCCGACGAGCGCUGGGUUGCGCGACGCGGAGCGAGGAAUUUCUACUCGUUGUAUAGGGCGCAUAAUUACCAUUUCAAGAUCUACGGGGCCAUGUUCGCUGGUCAGUCGCAGACGGCUCUGGAGACGGCUGCGCGGCUUGAGGAGGCUAUUUGCGAUGACUUGCUCCGUGUCGAAAGCCCGCCGAUGGCGGAUUGGCUCGAAGCGUUCUUAACAAUGCGACUCCACGUGCUCGUGCGUUUCGGACGCUGGGACGACAUCCUCUCCCUUGACCUCCCGGAAGACGAAGAGCUCUACUGCGUCACCACUGCCAUGCUCCACUACGCCAGUGCCGUGGCAUACGCCAACACAUCCUCCCCCGCCUCCGCCUCCUCUUCCCGCGAAGCCUUCCUUACCUGCGCCCUACGUGUCCCGGAGUCGAGGACGCUCUUCAACAACACCGCGCGCUCCCUCCUCGCCGUCGCGCGCGCGAUGCUCGAGGGCGAAAUCGCGUAUCAUGCCGGGGAGACAGCGACGGCUUUCCACCACCUCAACACGGCCGUCCGGCUCUCCGACACUUUACCUUACGACGAACCGUGGGGGUGGAUGCAGCCGCCGCGGCACGCGCUCGGGGCGUUGUUGUUGGAGCAGGCGAGCCGGAGCGCGCAAGCGGACGUUAGCGAGGAGUCAAAGGCGAAGGAAGGGGCAACGCAGGAGCACGAAGUAUUAAUCGCGCAAGAGAGACUCCACCAAGCGCUCUCCUUAUACGAAGCCGACCUCGGCCUCAACUCCACCCUCCCGCGCGCGCUGCGGCAUCCGGGGAACGUGUGGGCGUUGAGCGGGUUGCGGGAGUGUUAUGAGCUGUUGGGAAGGAAGGAGGAGGCGGAGAGGGUGGGAGUGGAGUUGGGGGAGAAGAUGACGGGGGCGGACGUUGAGGUGAGGGGGAGUUGUUAUUGCCGGAAGGAUGCAGAGCGCGGUGGGCAGGGGGUGAGUAGGGGGAUUGAGCCGUGGCGGUUUAAUAGAGGCAAGGAGAAGGAUACGUAG